AGCUCCUAGGUCCCUGUCCUGUGGAAAUUUGGGGACCCUGGGCACCCUCUCUUGCUCCCAAAUUUUAAUUGGCUCCUGGAAACCUCACCCCAAAUUGGAGACAGGCACUCCUCUUGUAGAACAAAAGGCUCAGGUUCAGGGAGUGAGGGCCUGAACUGUGCCCCCACCCUCCAGGAAGGGUCCUUCACAGCCUGGCUGCAGGAUCAGUCACGUGUGGCCCUUCAUUAUGCCCUGCCAUAUAAGCCGAGGGCACGGGGUGGCCGGGAACUCUCUAGGCAAGAAUCCCGGAGGCAGAGGCCAUGCUGACCGCAGCGGUGCUGAGCUGUGCCCUGCUGCUGGCACUGCCUGCCACGCAAGGAGCCCAGAUGGGCUUGGCCCCCCUGGAGGGCAUCAGAAGGCCUGACCAGGCCCUGUUCCCAGAGCUCCCAGGCCUGGGCCUACGGGCGCCACUGAAGAAGACAACUGCAGAACAGGCAGAAGAGGAUCUGUUGCAGGAGGCUCAGGCCUUGGCAGAGGUACUAGACCCGCAGGACCGCGAGCCCCGCUCCUCACGUCGCUGCGUAAGGCUGCAUGAGUCCUGCCUGGGACAGCAGGUGCCUUGCUGUGACCCGUGUGCCACGUGCUACUGCCGCUUCUUCAAUGCCUUCUGCUACUGCCGAAAGCUGGGUACUGCCAUGAACCCCUGCAGCCGCACCUAGCUGGCCAACGUCAGGGUCGGGGCUAGGGUAGGGGCAAGGAAAUGCGAAUAAAGGAUGGGACCAAC